GCACGAAAUAUUGAUAUCACACCAUCGCAAUCCAAAGGAGAAAGUCGAUUGUCUAUUCUGGAACUCCGGUCCUCAACGUGUCUUAUCGAGAGAAUCGUGAGUCUCACAGAUGAUGAAAAAGCGGGUUUUCGGAUCGUCCCCCAUUAUCUUAGACCUUCCUAGAGUUUCUUAGAGGUUCUUGGUAUUCCAAAUACUCGCAACUUAUUAUUAUUAUGGGGUUACAUUCCGUAUUAUUGUGGCUCGAACAGCAAUGUCGCCAAUGACACCAAUGACACCGUCUCACAAGGGAGCUCUGAUGCAUCUACGCUUAAGUGACGUUAUGGCGGGGUGAUUGAGUGAAUAGUUAAGUAUGGGACUUCACCCCUCUUCUCGUUCUUCUUUAUUCAUCAUUCUACUCUACUUCCACUCUUCAACCCAUCAGCUUCACAUCUCAAUACAAUCCAUCUUUCAAUACCAAACACACAAAUCGCAAUCAUGGUCAAGGUCGGAGAUUCCAUCCCAACUGUCGAGCUCGCCGAGGGCAACCCAGGCCAAAAGGUCAACAUUGCUGCCGAGAUUGGUGAGGGUUCUGGUAUCAUCAUCGGUGUUCCAGCAGCUUUCAGUCCAACAUGCUCUGACUCUCACGUUCCUGGUUAUAUCCUUCACCCAAAGCUCGAGUCCGCCGGAAAGGUCUUCGUUGUAUCCGUCAACGAUGCUUUCGUUAUGAACGCAUGGGGCAAAUCCCUUGAUGCAGACAAGAAGAGUGGUAUCCGUUUCCUCGGUGAUCAAGAUGGAAGCUUCACUCGUGCUUGGGAUCUUGAAUUCCCAGCUGCUCCAGUUUUGGGCACAAACCGAAGCAAGAGAUACGCAAUUGUUAUCGAGGGCGGCAAAGUCAAGAGUGUCAACGUUGAGCCAGAUAACACUGGACACACUGUCUCCGGUGCCGAUAAGAUUCUUGGAGAGUAAGGAAAGGAUUAAUGAAUGGAUUGGUUUUGAAUAACAGCUUAUAUGUCAUAUAGACACACGGUCAAACAUCGUGAGGGGAAACUUUGAAUUUGGGGUAUGAUAGUUACAAUUGAAGAUUUUUUUUUUUCAAAACAUAUGGGAUCAGUUGUUCGUGUCAAAUGUUGAUGUUUUAAACGGUGUCGGAGCUGAGGGUUUGAAUAAAACUGUACGUCUGCCAAUAUAGCCCACGACUUCUGGAUUUCUGUCCAAACAACUACACCUUGUGCUAGAUAGCAUCACCGCAUUGUAAUAUCAACACAAUAUCAACACACUGACGUGAAGUGCCCGCCUACAGCUGAUCCGUAACAACUGCUCCAUUUUUGACUCCAGCCUCCAUUGAAAACUGCAACAAGUUGCACUGUUCCGCGCCGGCAGUGAUUGCAUUCGCCAUCUAGUCCAUAUCGGCGAUACAAAGACACACGAUCUCUAAGCUAUAGCCCGAAGUCCUUGGGAUACUUUAUUGCUCGUCGCAUUCAUACAUGAUAUAUGGCUGAGUACUUGAUGUUCACGCUCCCUGUCUAUGUCUUUUGAAAGAUGCGGUUAUUGGAGGGAAAUCAUAAUGAAAUGAAAUGGAUGGAAAUCUUCCGUUAGAUUUCAUAGAUAUAAUGGACUAUCGAUAGUGCGUUUUUCUGAACUUUAUUGAGAGUUGCAAUUCUAAUGAUCGGAAAAAAAAUCGCA